AAAAAACAAAAGAAUCGUCCUCUUCCUCGCUGACUCUGACCUGUUCCUCUUAAUUCUCUCUACUUUUUUGUCACUUUUCUCUCAUCUCUGGAGCUGGAGGGUCAACCCCACCCCUCCUUCUUCCCACCUAAACCCUCUCUCUCUCUCUUUCAUGCUAACUGCUUCUCCGCCACCAUGUCCCAUCUCCUCCUCCUCAUCCUCCUCUCGUCUCUCGUCUUCUCCACUCUCUCUCAAACCCCUCCACCCUCCGCGAUUCUAAUCGACUGCGGCGCCUCCUCCUCAUCUCUAAUCAACAACCGGAGAUAUCAACCCGACGAUGAUUUCAUCUCCACCGGAACAUCGAAAAACGUCUCCGAACAAGUACUAGACCAACUCCUAACCACCGUCAGAUCCUUCCCUCUAGCCACCAACACUCGUCGCAAGUUCUGCUACGUCGUCGCCGUCUCCCGCGGAUGGAAGUACAUGAUCAGGACGACUUACUUCUACGGAGGAGUUAACGGAAAAGCCAAUCCUCCUCCCGUUUUCGAUCAGAUCGUCGACGGGACGCUUUGGGGAGUCGUUAACACCACGGCGGAUUACGCUGAUGGUUUGGCUUCUUAUUACGAAGGAGUGUUUUUGGCGCAGGGGAAGUCUAUAAGCGUUUGCGUUGCUUCCAACUCUUAUACGGCUUCUGAUCCGUUUAUCUCGGCCUUGGAGGUUGUUAGGCUUGAUGGCACUGUUUACAACUCUACUAACUUUGGUGGUUUUGGGUUAAGUCUUGUUGCUAGGCAUGCUUUUGGAUACAGUGGACCAAUCAUCAGGUUUCCAGAUGAUGAGUUUGAUAGGUUUUGGGAGCCUUACUCGUUAAACUCGACAGUACCAAACAACAGGAAGCUAGAGGUUUCUGGUUUCUGGAACCUUCCGCCUUCGAGGAUAUUCAACACGGAUCUAAGAGCUACUCAAGUUCAACCGUUGGAGUUCACAUGGCCUCCACUACCUUUGGCAAAGUCUGUUUAUUAUAUGGCGCUGUACUUUGCUCAUGACUCUGAUUCGUUGGGCGGUGGAUCUAGAGUGUUUGAUGUUUCUGUGAAUGGUGUAACGUAUUAUAAAGAGCUCUCUGUUACUCCAGCUGGUGCGGUUAUAUUUGCAAGCAGGUGGCCUCUUGAAGGUCUUACGACGUUACGUUUGAGUCCUAGAAGUGGCUCAACGCUUGCCCCUCUUAUCAAUGGUGGUGAAAUGUUUGAGGUGAUACCACUUGGAGGGAAAACUCUUGUUCGAGAUGCAACUGCACUGAAUGCUAUUAAAAGCAGUUUCAAGAACGUACCGGUUGAUUGGAACGGGGAUCCUUGUAUGCCUAAAAAUUACUCGUGGACUGGAGUUACCUGCUCGGAAGGUCCCAGAAUUCGCAUAGUAGCUUUGAACUUAACGGGUAUGGGGCUUUCAGGUUCGCUAGCACCUGAAGUUUCAAGAUUAACAGCAUUGUCCUCCAUUUGGCUGGGAAACAAUUCUCUCUCGGGAAGUAUACCUGACUUCAGCUCACUCAAACUGCUGGAAUCAGUGCACUUGGAAGACAAUCGUUUCAGUGGGACUUUUCCUUCAUUUUUCAGUGGAAUGCCACGUUUGCGAGAGCUGUUCUUGCAAAACAAUAACCUAACAGGCCAAGUUCCUAGCAAUCUUCUUCAGAAGCCAGGACUUGAGCUACGGACAUCUGGUAAUCCCUUUCUGACUCAACCGCCACGUUGAUUCAGCCUUUUGAAGAAGAAGACGACAAUGGUUUGAGUUUGUGUUAUAGAUUUGUUAGAGCUUUGUGUGUAAAUUAGAAGCCUCACGUGUACAACCUACUUAUCUUAACGCUUCAUUCUUUUAACACAUUGAGGGGAGGGACAAGGGAAUACUGAUUGCAUAUGUUGUGUAUUAUGAAAAAAAAAAAUCAUUGUUGUAAUAUGAAUCUUUGUGAUAAAACGGAGUUUAUGUGGUUAACCGGAUCUAUUAAGGUCAAUGAUGAUUCUCAU